AUGGAGACCGCUGAAGCUCAAGACGAGAGAAAUGCAGACAUGGAGCUGCUCCAAGGACUAGAAGAGGCACUGCACUGCACAACGUGCCAGAUCGCUAUUACCCAAGCGAGCAUGGCAGAUGAUAUCCACAAGGGCGCAUACAUCACCUCCCACUACCCACCAUUCUUCCUGAACAACAACACCCGAGACGACAACAUCUCCCCCGAUAACACCCAAGAACUCACCGGGGAGCCAUCUUUCUGGAAACACAUCUCCAUUUCCCAGCGCGAGCGCUACUACGAACUAGUCGAACAAGCCCUCAACCACCUCCUCGAUGAAACAAAAGACAUCGACCCCGAAGUCGCCAUGCUCUUCGCCCACUAUCAAAUCGACUUCCACAUCCGCCAGCACUACCUCGCACACCGCGGGGUGCUCACAUUCUGCCGUAAUGCAGACGACAUGCAACAACUCCGCCACUGGCAAUGGAAAAUGGACGACAUUGACAACAUGAGAAGCGUCAACCUGGACACUGUCUGGCCACAGGGGUGCAGGCACGCCGCCUGGCCGAAUGACAAGAACCUCGAAAUGAUGCACCAAACACUCAUGUGGAAGCGUGCCUGGCCCGCGCGACGCAAGCGGGUGGCUGAAGUCCGGGCUCGAUGGGCGAUUAUCAUGGAAGAGCGACGGAAGCAGCGGGAGAUGUUAUUGCUCAAGCAGAGGGCUACUAUCACGGUACGGCUUUACUGUCGGGGAAAGUUGAUGGAUGUAAGGGAGCUCAAGAGGAUCACACAUUCUGAGCCGACGCUUCGACCGGGGAGGAUUUUGCAGAGCUCUGGAUUUUGA